AUGAUUCUUGUUUUCACAUCUAUAAUCGCACUCAGAAACUACGUAUAUGUUCCUGGGUACACAAUUCCAUACUCAGUUGAUCAACAAAUGAGAAGCUUUUGCAGAGGAUUUUGGUGCGAUUAUCAUAAAGAUCCAAAUCCGAAUCAAGAGAAGCUAAAGGAAAUCAUUAAUAGCUUUAGAAACUCAUCAACUAAUCAUGCCAUUCAUAACAAGAUUGCAAAUCUUUCAAAUUUGGGAUAUCAUCCAGCAAAAUGUGCUUCAGGCUUCUUUUAUUUAAUUGGUUUAAGCGAUUAUCCACAAGAUUUCAAUCGUUCAUACGAACUAUUAUUAGAUGGAUACGCUAACAACAGUUGGUCCUGCGCAGAAAUCCUCGCAUUCCAUCCAAUGACAGAAAACCGCACAGAAUACAUUAGAAAAGCAGCCGACACGGGAUCUGUACUUGCAAAACUCGCUCUUAUUAGAGCUGAAGUUAAGAAACCAAAUCCGAAUUACGAAUCAAUCUUUUUCGAAGCAUAUACACUCGCCCACUUAGGUGUUACAUCCUGGAUUAGGAAGCACCGCCCAGGUCCAGAGUUUGGCCACUUAAUUCAGCAAAUUCACCGCGAACCAAAGAGCCAAGUCUCCGCAUGGAAAGCAUUAGCACAUAUGGGCCAAUCUGGACACCAAUCCGCAGCAGUUUGGGUUGCUGAAGGAGUUAUGUCAAAUAGAACAAAUGUAAUGACAAAAGAACAAGCAGCGAAGAUGUUAGUACCAUUUGUUGAAGUAGGACCAUGGUCUCUUGACCAUUUGGACAUUACUUCUUCAGUUAACAAAUAUAAUAAGUCAACAAUUUUAGAAUUUUUCUCUAAUGCAGGAGAUUUACUCGCACAAUCAUUGUAUUCGUAUCCAACUAUCUACCCUCAAUUGUUCGCAUAA